AUGCCUUCAGCUUCACCACCAGCAAAAAGAAAAAAAAGAUCACGGUCAUCAUUGGUGGUCAGUACUCCCAAAGUGCCAAUGCAGCGUGGUUUGACUGGAAGGAGAACGAAAGCUACUGCACGAAAAAGGAUUGCUGAUUUUCGAGGGUGUAGUUUCUCUGUUGAGGGGUCCCCUAAGAAAGAAGAUUCCGCAGAAGAUCAUCCCUCAGGCUCAACCUCACCUGAUUCCUCAAACAAAAUUAGUCAACUUUUUGAAAACUUGUCCAUCUUCCUUAAAUCGAUGCAGGAUUGUUCCGGGGCAAAACCUUCUAGUGAACACAGGUCUAAUGAAGAUACAGAUGAUGUUGAAAUUAUGGAAGGGAAAGCAGAUUUGUGGACAUCCUUAAACUGUCUUGUCGAAGCAGCUAACAGAAAGUCAUUCAAGUUAAAUUCACAGGCAUCUCCAGCUUCUGUAUCUGAACCACAUAAUGGCCCUGAUCGUCACUUAUAUGCGCCUGAAAUAAAAGCUGGCCUUGAAUCCCCCAAUGUUCCUGAUGGAAAAUUGAGUAUUCAUAAAUAUAAAAGUAAGGAGCAUCGGCUGAAUUCAAAAGUCCUGGAUGAAAAGAAUGGGGCAAAUUUGAUUACAAAACUUGUGAAACGUAGAAGGUUGCAUGCAGAAGCACAAAAGAAGGCUUUAUAUCCCACAUCUUUAGGAUAG